AUGGGGCAGCGUGAAUCAUUCUCGGAAAUCGAUGUCCGAAAAAUCAACAAGUUGUAUAACUGUCCAUUGAAGCCGGACCAAAAAACUGUGCCAACGAAAAAACCGGAACGCAAGAACAUCGAUGAUGACUCCGACGAUGAAGAAUUUCCAACUCUGAAGCCAACCGGAAUACCAUUUAAAGUUAGAUUUUUCCAGAAACAACCAUUUGAUGAAAUCGAUUCGAUGUGGCAAAAUUUCAUUAAUCGACAUCAAAAUUUGAUCACAAGACCAAGAUUUUUUUACAAACCAAGAAUGCCCAAACCGCCCGAACAGCGGUUCUGGAUGCCCCAUGCUAGUGAUGUUACGGGGAAAAUGAUCUCUCACGCCGGACCCAGUUAUCCUAGGCCCUUCAGUCCUGAGCCUUUCGGGGGGCGAUGGAUUAAAAUAAGGCACAUAAUGAACCAAAGAUGA